AAAACAUUGGACCAGCAUGAAGAAGGAGCAAUGUAAAAGGUUUCGUUUUUAUAAGGCAUCAUCAGACCGGUAUUAACAUUGCGUUUGGAUAUUGUUGGGUCUCUGUAGGUCCUCAAAAAAUGGGAAGAGUGUCAAAGCACAGACCUCUGCAGAGGAAGCAAGAAUGUAUUUUCACCCCCCCCCCCCCCCCCCCUGUAGAAGAGAGCUCUGCAGGUGGUGGAGUGUCUCUUGGAGGAUAGCGUACUGGAGGACUUCCUGGUUGACUGUGAAAGCUUGAUCACUUCUGCCAAUUACAAAGACAGUUGAGGAGAGAUCUAUUGUGAAGCUGUGUGGCUAUUCUGUCUGUUCAAAUAAACUGGGCUAGUUAAACAUUUCCACCAACACCAAUAAAGUCAAUGACAUUACAGAACGCAAGUCCUUCUGCAGUAAUUCUGCUACAAAGCCUCCAAGUCAUUUGAGCUGCAGAUUUCAAAGAGCCCUCUAUGAUUGAGGCAGCACGAGAGAUGUAAACUUAAUAAAUAAAGGAGAUUGCGGUAGCACUGGAGAGGAGGAGAGGCUGACUGAGGUGUUUCAGAGAGGAGGAUGUGAGGAACCUUCCCCUGUACUCUGUGGCCCCAGAGAACCCCAGAUGAUCCCAUACAGCCGGUCACAGCGACACAGAAUAGCACUUUGUUUCCAGCGUAGUCUCCCAGCAACAGUUACCCAGGGUGCACUGGGUCAGUCUGCCCAAGCACACCAACGAAGGGGAGGGGAGGGAACGAGAAGAGGGAGAGAAGGUCGGGAGGGAAGGACACAAAGAUGCCAAAACAAACAAACAAGGCUGAAGACAAGAAGGAGGAGAAUACAGAAGAAUCACAGAAAGAACCAACAAAGACAAUCAAUGACAUAGAUGGACCCCAACAACACACAACAGAUACAAACCACCCCAGUGAGCAGCAGCCUUUCCUGGAAGAGAGAGGCUCACCAGAGGGCCGGUCUAUGGAGGAUGCCGCAGCACUACUGAGCCAAGUCACAAUGCAGGAUAGAGAUCCAGUCACGGUUACAUCUUCUGUACUAACAACCGUCAACACAAUGCAGUGUACAGAAUCAAGAUCCAGCUCCAACCCCCAACCCUCAGUGGGACUCAACCCCCGCACAGCCCACCCAGCCGGGCCUCAGGAUCACCCAGGUGGACAUGAGCAGGAGGGGGGCCCAGGGGCUCCUCAAGGGCCACGAAACUACUCCAAAACCUGGCUCGGUCUGACUGAACCUUCUAGAAGUCCUAUGGAGUUCCUUCGACGAAUGGUGGACUGAGGAGACUAUGAAGUUCCUAUAUGGCCCAGACCACUUUAAUAAAACAACAGUAGAAACGAAGAAGAAAAAGGAGGAGGAGGAGGAAGAAGAAGAACUGGAUGAAGAUAACCUGGAGGAUGUUGUAGAAGGGGUUGGGGAUGGAGGGGACGGCGGGUCCCCAGAGGGUCAGGGAGUUCUACAAAGGGGAGCCCACUGGGUGUCAGGGAAACGGGCCCUGAGACUCAGAGGUGAGUGGGGGAUAAGUGUAGUGUAGUAACUGUCAGUGUCCAGAUGGGGGCACUAUGUAUAAGCAUUGGAGAUGUUAAGCGUGAUGAUGAUGAUGGUCUUGUUUUUGAGGUUGGCUUUUACCAUGAAGAUGGUUUUUUUUAUGUCUCACCUCACUUCUUUCCCUCACUCUGUGUCUCCUCUCCUUUCCCAUCUAUGCUCUCUCUCCUUCUUUCACGCUCUUUCUCCUGCUUUCACAAUCUUUCUCUCAUGCUCUCUCUCCACCCCCCCACCCAGGACCAGGGUGGUUGGUUGAUUCCCAUGCCUAGCACCUCAUACAGAAACACAUAACGGUUGAGAAGCUCACUAGAGGGUGUGUGUGUCUGUAUGAAAAUGCUGCUACGGUUUUCAAAGUUCAAAAAACUGUUUUAUGCAAUGGAAAUGUGGUCACUGAUGUGCUGAUAGUUGACAACCAGCAAUAUUACAGAAACAUUGGUAAGUACUAGCUCGGUCUUGUUGAACUUCGCAUCUCAGCAACUUAAGAAAUGAAAUCAAGUUCUGUGUAUAUGUGUGUGUAUUUAUAUGUCCGGUUUUCCUCAUCUUGGGAAACGUCUCACCAUGACUGACAUCUCCAGUGACCACAACAGCCUGGUCAGGACCUUCAGGUCAGUGCCAAUGUCAACUCAGAGUUAAAGGGCCAAUCCUUAAUUGAAACAAUAAAAAACGCCUCUGUUUUGGUAAAAAGCUCAAGGAUGGGCCUGGAGAAAUGUAACUCUUCUCAAAUUCAUAGACAGAGCUAUGGAUGCAAGGACUGAGCGUCCUAGAUUAGAGUUUCAAGCAUGUUUUGAGGCAAUACAGUGUUUGUUUAUAUUUGAAAUCUAAUUGUAUUGGUCGCAUACACAUAUUUAGCAGAUGCUACUGAAGGUGUAGCUAAAUGCUUGUUUACUAACAUUGGAGUGAAACAAGCUUAUAUUUUGGGUUCUGAUGGGGUAUGACAUUUGAACUUAGCUAAUAAAGCAAUUUCUAAGUUAUAGUCUUCAAGAAUCAAUGGGUAUGUAUCGUUAAUUUAUAAGUCCAAAAAUUGAUGUAUUACACUGCAGAUUGCUGUUUUUACACACCAUUUCCUACUACAGUGUCCAAUACUGUCUGGGAGAGAAACUGGACAUUUUACACUCUUAUUUCAGUCAAUAUUUACCUGGUCCCGUAGUCAUAAACCAUCUUAUCUGAAGUGCUGAUCUAGAAUCAGUAUUGGCUUUUUGAUCAUAGUGAAUAAGAUUACAUGGACGGGAGACGAGGACACACAUGAUCCUAGAUCAGAACUACUACUCUGAGACACUAUGAAUACAUGCUCUGGUAUUUAUGGAGAAGUUAUGUGGCGACAAGGCUUUCACGAACUGAGUGAACUUUUCAGGGUAGCCCCAAACUGCCAGAGGUGAACUCUGUUCCUGUCAUGGGCACUAACUGGGCUGUGAUUGGCUGAUUGAGGUGCAGUCAACAGGAAGUAGUGAUUGGCAGAGUGCUAUUGACUUCCUGUAGCUCUGAUUUAAUAGCGAGGCACUUGAGUCACACCUUCAGCAAGAGGCCUGUUUCCAGGAAUUAUCUGCUAGCUACUAUAAGGCCUGCUGGAACAGCAGCCAGACAUUACACUGCAAACUGUCAAAUAAACACCUAUAAUUGUUCAAUCUAUAUGAUGAGGUGUCUCUGAUAUGGUUGGACAUUAGGCUAAUAUGAUUUAGAGAUUUUCAGUGCCAAGUUGAAGCAAAGGACAGAGACUGUUGUGUUUUCUCUUUCAUGGAAAAUCAGCGAUGUCAGGCCUGGUGGCAGUGCGAUGUCAGGCCUGGUGGCAGUGCGAUGUCCAGCCUGGUGGCAGUGCGAUGUCAGGCCUGGUGGCAGUGCGAUGUCAGGCCUGGUGGCAGUGCGAUGUCAGGCCUGGUGGCAGUGCGAUGUCAGGCCUGGUGGCAGUGCGAUGUCCAGCCUGGUGGCAGUGCGAUGUCCAGCCUGGUGGCAGUGCGAUGUCAGGCCUGGUGGCAGUGCGAUGUCCAGCCUGGUGGCAGUGCGAUGUCAGGCCUGGUGGCAGUGCGAUGUCAGGCCUGGUGGCAGUGCGAUGUCCAGCCUGGUGGCAGUGCGAUGUCCAGCCUGGUGGCAGUGCGAUGUCCAGCCUGGUGGCAGUGCGAUGUCCAGCCUGGUGGCAGUGCGAUGUCCAGCCUGGUGGCAGUGCGAUGUCCGGCCUGGUGGCAGUGCGAUGUCCGGCCUGGUGGCAGUGCGAUGUCCGGCCUGGUGGCAGUGCGAUGUCCGGCCUGGUGGCAGUGCGAUGUCCGGCCUGGUGGCAGUGCGAUGUCCGGCCUGGUGGCAGUGCGAUGUCCGGCCUGGUGGCAGUGCGAUGUCCGGCCUGGUGGCAGUGCGAUGUCCGGCCUGGUGGCAGUGCGAUGUCCGGCCUGGUGGCAGUGCGAUGUCAGGCCUGGUGGCAGUGCGAUGUCAGGCCUGGUGGCAGUGCGAUGUCCGGCCUGGUGGCAGUGCGAUGUCCGGCCUGGUGGCAGUGCGAUGUCCGGCCUCAUGGCAGUGCGAUGUCCGGCCUGGUGGCAGUGCGAUGUCCGGCCUGGUGGCAGUGCGAUGUCCAGCCUGGUGGCAGUGCGAUGUCCAGCCUGGUGGCAGUGCGAUGUCCAGCCUGGUGACAGUGCGAUGUCCAGCCUGGUGACAGUGCGAUGUCCAGCCUGGUGGCAGUGCGAUGUCAGACCUGUGCAAUUUUUUUUACUAUACAGUGUAUUUUUUUCCAUGGCAGGUUCACAAACACCAACAUUAUCCACGAAGGCCCAGAGGGGACCAUGAUCGUUAUGGUGCUCCUCAAUCUGUAAGUGUGUGUGUGUGUGUGUGUGUGUGUGUGUGUGUGUGUGUGUGUGUGUGUGUGUGUGUGUGUGUGUGUGUGUGUGUGUGUGUGUGUGUGUGUGUGUGUGUGUGUGUGUCAUGUGCUGUUGCAGGAACAGCUGGAGAGCCUGUGCCUCAGUAGGAUCCGUCAGGGAUCAGCAGAGGAAAUCAGAGAACAUUGUUUUACCUGGGGGAACACCCUCUCAACAAACUUAACCUAGUGAUUUAUCUCUACUUGUGUGUAUCCAGGGUGCACUGCAGUGUGUGUGUGUUCUUUUGGAUGCUCUCUUUGGUACAUUUUAAACAUCACAAAAGGGAAUGCCAACCUGUUAAAACUCAUGAUUUCAUUAAGAUAUGCAUAGAAUUAGAAUUUGUAUAUUCAUUGUUAUGAAAAACGCAUAUACAUAACCACAGGCACAGCAAUUCAAAGGUUUCCUUGUGUUUUAUGUUGCCCUGUGAAAUAUACAGUGGUGUGUGUGUGUGUGUGGCAUCUCCAAUCUGCAUUGUGUGCUUGCCCUUGCGUUGUUUGACCUGUGCCAGAUGGCGUGUGUGUGGUGUGUGUGUGCACUACUUCCCCAGGCAGGUCGGUGGCAGGGCGUGAGCCUAGCAGGCGCUGUGUGGGACAGUUCCGUGCUGCUCCCGUCUGUGUACACACAGACGCCUCUCGGGCCUUAUCUCCUCCACCUGAUUACCCCCCCCAAACCCAACCCUCUCUAGAUCCGUGAUGCAGCAGCCCGGGGCGACACACACACCCUGGGAAACAUUCCAUUUGGUCCCUAACUGAUCCACUGUGUACACCACCCCAGAGAGGAAACCAGGGACAUAACUUCAGCUCUGAUUUAUAGCUGUCUAAAUAAAUGGGAGAUGACUCUUUCUUGAGCUGAUAUCACCUUAUCUAGGCUACAGAUGUUGUCUUCAUCCAAUCUGAUAAGUAGAUGGUAAAGAACAUGCCUUAUUGAGUGAGGUGCUCAACAAAUAAUUGAACGUUGUACCUGGCUGUUGGCUGCAGUAUGGUUUCAACUAACUCAAAAUGUCUCGUAUUUAGUUCUGCUCAUAAUGAUGUUUAUUAUAAGAAAUUAUAAAGUAGUCUUAUGACAAGUCUUACAUUGCAUUAUAAGCACAUCAUAAAGCAUACAUACUUAUCCGAAGUGUUAUCCAUUUUUUUUUUUGUUACUUACUAACAAUAUAUCUGCAGGACCAUAGAACAGUACCAAGCCAUUAGCAUUUGAGUCAACUAUCCAUCUCAUGAAUAAUUUGGAGUUGAGGCCUACCUACUGCAUGGCAGCUGUGUAAUUAGUCAGGCCUCUGUUGUUGUUGUUAGGUGAAUCAUGUGAAUAAUGGAUGGGCCUCAUGCAACACUAGACCCAGGUAGCAGCAUUGCUCCAGGAGACAUACUCACUGUGCUCCUGUAUUCCUAAAACAUAUUUACCAGCCCUCUGGUUAGCCUAUUUCCGAGAUACUCUUCCCAUCACCAAAGGCAAAUAUAUCAUCUGGAAUGCCUUACCCAUCCCUACUGGCUAUACAAAAUAAAGUGUUCCCUUAAACACACAGCUUUGUAAACUUUACAAACAUGUGCAUUGUGCUGCUGAGGAGAUUAGUCAUAUUGCCAGCCAGAAAUCAUAUACAUAUUUACUAUAGAUGCCUGCGGAGAUCUGCAUGUCACGUCGGGGGCGAUGAAACAACAGAAGCACGUUUAUUUUCAAUGACAGAAGCGAAGUGGGCGGUACCGUUGGGCAAUAAGAACGUGGGCUAGGGACUUGAAAAGGGCGGGACCAAAGUUGGGGAUUGUGGAACUUUAUGCAAAUACUCAGCGACAUCUCGUUACUGUUGGCCAAUCGAAGCUCAUUAGUUUCCAGCCCCUUCUGGAUUGUCUGUUGAUACCUAGUCUGCUUGCGACCGCCAAAGGUAAUUUACUAUUGAGCCGACAGAUGUAUCAUUUAUGGAAUGCGGUCUCAGCAAACGUGGGAACAUUGCCUUUAAUGUUUUUAUUAUUUAACCUUUGUUUAACUAGGCAAGUCAAUUAAGAACAAAUUAUUAUUUACAAUGACGGCCUAACCCGGACGAGGCUGGGCCAAUUGUGU